AUAUUUUGUGUUUCCUUUGGUGUACAAGUACGACCAAUAUCUUAUUUGAAAGUACCUAAACGUUAAAAGUGAAAGUUUAUACAAUGUUUUCUUGUAAAUGCUAUACUAAAUAUUAACUAAUAUAAAUCUAAAAUUUAAUAAGCUGUUCUUCACUUUGUAAAAAUGGAAGAAGUACCUAUAAAUGGCGAUUUAAGGAAGAGAAAGUAUGAUGCUCACGAUGCAAACGAUAUUUCAUCCCUCAAAAAGGAAGCGACGUCUGAAGUAACCAAAUAUCAGCCUUCCAACAACAGCACAAUUGGUUUAAUUUUUAUAUCUCUUCUUUUGGACCUGCUCGCAUUUACGAUGAUUUUGCCUUUGCUACCAUCACUUUUGGACUAUUAUAAUAAAGAGGAAGGUCAUAAAACAACUUUAUACUCUUCUCUUUUAAAUGCUGUUCAAAGGUUUCAGAAAAUAACUGGUGCUCCUGAGAGAUUUGCCUCUGUUUUAUUUGGAGGUGCACUAGGAUCUUUGUAUAGUUUUUUACAAUUCUUGACAAGCCCAAUUGUAGGAAGCCUUUCUGAUGCUUAUGGAAGAAAGCCUUUAUUACUGUUAUGUCUGAUAGGAAUAGCCUUAUCUCAUGGCUUAUGGAGUUAUGCUAGUUCAUUCAGCCUAUUUGUGUUAGCUAGGUUUAUUGGUGGUUUAAGUAAGGCCAAUGUUAGUCUUAGCAUGGCAAUUGUAACUGAUGUUUCCACUGAUAAAAAUAGAGCUAGAGGCAUGGCUUUAAUAGGUUUGGCAUUUUCAAUUGGUUUUAUUGUGGGUCCUUUGGCUGGUGCUUGGUUUGCAAAAAACAAUGAUCAUUCCUGGGGCAUGUGGGGUGAACGACCUGCACUGUAUGCUCUGUCCCUAUCUGUUGCAAAUAUACUUCUUGUCACUUUUUGUAUACCAGAAACAUUAUCAAAGGACAAAAGAACGUCACUAUCUCUAAGCCUAUCAAAAUCCCUUGAUUAUGUGUCCCCGUGGCAUUUAAUGAGAUUCAGUGCUGUGAAAAACUUAACUCCCAAACAGAGCAAAGUUCUGUAUAAGUUGGGUUUAAUUUACUUUAUCUAUCUCUUUAUUUAUUCGGGACUUGAGUUUACUCUCACAUUUUUGACGCAUCAUACAUUUAAAUACACUGCCAUGCAGCAGGGUAAAAUGUUUCUAGUGAUAGGUGUUAUUAUGAGUGUCCUACAAGGAGGUGCGUCACGGCGUCUAGGCGCGCGCGGUGCUAUACGCGCGGCUCAACUUGCAUUGGUUUUGACUCCACUCUCCUUCUUAUGUGUCGCACUAGCCGCUGUCCAGCGACCAGCUCUCAUGAGCCCUCUCGCUUGGUUAUGGGCGGGGCUUGUAAUAUUUGCUCUGUCAACGGCUUUUGCGGUAUCUUGUAUGACGUCCAUGGCGGCGUCUCAUUCACCUGAAGACUCCCGAGGGGCCGUUUUGGGCACAUUACGAUCUCUCGGAGCCCUAGCUCGCGCCGCCGGUCCUUUAAUUGCUUCUACAGUAUAUUGGUGUUCAGGCGCAGCUGUCACCUACACCAUCGGUGCGGUAAUUCUUAUCAUUCCAGCUGUUAUGUUGUGUAGACUUAAAACGUAAACCUUCAAAAGGUUCUGUAUUAUUUUUCACUGCCAACAAAUUUGUUUAAUUUUUUUUUAUAUGAAACACAUGAACUUUGUAUGAGAACUUCAAUUCUAAAAUAUUUCAAUUUUUUGUUGUUCUUGCGAUGUAAUAACGAAAAUAUAAAUAUUUUUUAUUUAGUAAGUUUUAGAGUCGAGGUUUAGUGGGAAUAACAUAUGUAUAAGUCUCGACGCUGAAUUUUAUUUCUAAAUAAAAAAAUAUGUUAUAGAUUAUACAAAUUGUUGUUUUGGCUUAGGUUUGCAUUAGGGGCCGUUUAAGUAUUAGGUAAGCACAAUGGGGGGUCUGCCGUCUGCGUUUUUCUUAUUAGGUGAUGACUUCCACAGUAAUUAUUUACUUUUUUACACAUAUUAAUUACCAUUGUCAUUGUCUAUGCAUAUGUCUAAGCCAUAGACUUAGUAUAUACUAAGUCUAUGGUCUAAGCAUAGUAUUGUCUAUGCUUGAAAACGAAACGAACGAUUUAUAUUCGAGGGUUCCUACAAAAUGAAUACGUUUUUCUCUAUUAUUUAUGAGUUCUUUGCUUACUUUUGUUGACAAGAGGAAGGCGGAGGAGAGGGAGGAGAUAAAUUGCUGAAUAUCUGCUUACGUAAUACUUGAAUGGCCUUAUAUGAAGCUAUUCAAUGUGGAAUCAUUUAAGAGUUUUGUAAUUUUAUCGACGACGAACAAAAAUCAUUUAUCUAAGCCCGUUGAUUUAUUUAUAUUUAAAAUGUAUGUGUGUUGUAUCUUUAACUGUGUGAUCGUUUUAUUUAAAUUUCCGAAGUAUUAAAUUAUUAUUUGAAGUAUUUAGUAGGUUAAAUUUGAGCAAAUAUGAGUACAGUUAAGUACUGACUGAAAUAAAAGACUAUUUGUAGUAUUGCUAGUAAAAAUUUGUAAGAUUAAAAAUUAUUAUCACAGACAAACGAAAGAUGUCAUAAUCUUGUAAUAAAAUAAUCCGAAUAUUUGUAUAAUAUUUUUAUAAACAGUAAUUAUAAGCCGUGUUAAAUAUUUAUUAAUUUCGUUAUAUAACUGUUUGUUUAAAACAUUUCGAGACUUUCAUAUUAACUAUGUAUUUAUAAUUAACAUUAUGGUAUCUGGGGCCUAGACAAAAACGAUAUGUGGAAGGCGUGACCAACAUACGAUCCUUUUAUCAAUAUAAAUCAAGACAAACGAUAAAAUUGAGAUGAUGUCAUUUCAUAAACUACAGAUAGGUUUUUAUUUUGAGAGUUGUUUACGUUAUUUGAAUGUUUACAGUUUUUCUUAUAUACGUAUUUCAGAUGUUUUACCUUUUUAAAAAUAAUAUAUCAGUAUUAAAGUA